AUGGCUAGCAGAGUAUUAAUUAGUCUUAUCUCAUUAGUCUUGCUUUGCAUUACAACAACACAAGGAAGAAAAACACUUUACACAACCAAUGAUUUUUCAACAUUCUCUCCAGUUACCGGUGAUGGCAUUUGCAAGACUUUGGUUGAGCCACAAGGUUACCCAUGUGAAGAACAUAAGGUUACAACUGAGGAUGGCUACAUCUUGAGCCUGCAGAGGAUCCCAACAGGGCGGUCCGAUAAGAAAGCGGACAAGCCACCUGUGUUAAUCCAACAUGGUCUCUUUUGUGAUGCAGCAAUAUGGUUGUUCAAUUCUCCAGAAGAAUCAUUAGGAUUUAUUUUAGCAGACAUUGGAUUUGAUGUGUGGCUUGUCAAUGGCCGCGGCACAAAAUAUAGCACCAUGCACACAUCACUAAAUCCUAAUGAAAUGGCUUACUGGAAUUGGUCAUGGGAUGAAUUAGCAAGUUAUGAUCUCCCUGCUUCAGUUCAAUAUGUUUACAACAAUACGGGUAAAAAAAUUCACUAUACAGGUCAUUCUCAGGGAACUUUAAUAGCUUUUGUUGCUUUAUCUCAAGGGAAACUUCUGAAUAUGUUGAGAUCAGCUGCAUUACUUAGUCCAAUUGCUCAUAUGAAUCUAGUUCCUCCAGGGAUAACAAAAGUUGCUGCUGACCUCUUUUUAGCUAAUGAAGUAUAUUGGUUAGGCCUUCGUGAAUUCAUUCCUAAUGCGAAUGCUGCACUAAAACUUGUGGAGAGCAUUUGCGACAGUCUAUCCCUCAAUUGUGCAAACAGCCUAUUGCCAUUAUUCACAGGUACUUAG